AUGGAUAAUUCCGAGGAAUACGAUUUGGGGGAGUUCGGGGAGGAGCUCGAUGCAAUGAUCGAAGAGAUCGUGGCGCCGCUGUUAGAGAGGAUGGAAGCGUACAUGCAAAGGGUGGAGGACCGAACGAGGGAAAUGAAGGAAAGUAACAGGACGGCCUUGAAUGAGUACGAGAUGGCAAAGGAUAACGUGGAGGAGGCAAGGCAGUAUUGGGUGAGGAAAUACCAGCAAGAGAAGGACGCCACUAAGGCGCGAGACACGAGCAUGGCUGAAAAGCCGGCACCUGACUCGGGCCCGGUAGUGCAAGACAAUGGUGUGGGUGAUGAAGAGGUAGAGUCGAGAGAAGAAAGUCGGGAGCGAGGCGUAACAGUGACCGCAAGGUCUGCGCAUUUCCCGAGCCAGACAGGACGAGGACGCGGUCUCGGUCGUGGUAUUGACGGCUUGGCCUUCGGCCGCCGCUCACCAACUGAGAGCCACCGAUCUCGUUUGGGACAUGGACCACCGACGGAGGAGGAUGAUACCCACGUCUCGACCCCGCGAGUUAGAGGAAGUGGUGCUGGCGGCUUGGCCUUUAACCACCAAUCGCCGCCUGAACAGCGCCGUUCUCCGUGUUACAACGCAGGGCUAGCGGAAGAUGGGCAGAGUGAUGGGAAGGAAGAUGAGAGUCAGGGAGGAGAUAUGGAUGCUGAGGCUGUAGAGGCUGCGGGUGCUGAGGCGACGGAGGAGGAAAUUCCCGCCCUUCGGCAGAGCUCGCGUCAGCGGACCACAGGGGUCUAG